CGAGUGUACACUUAUUGCAGUGUGAACGAAAGUCAUCGAUAAAAAAAUCUCCGUCAUUUCAAUCGUUAGCAUUAGUACACCCUCGAGCAGUUCGUAAGUGUUUUUGUUGAGUUAGAUACCACGUCCGAAUGGUGUGGGCGGUGAAAUUAUUUUCAGUAUCAAUUGCCAUUACGUGUGACGGGCUUCUUUGAAAGAGUGUUCCUUUUAAAAUACCAAAACAACUACAAACAUGUUUUGGACUAAUAUUUAUGCAUUAUCACCACACAUCGAGGCAUUACUUAACAAAGAGGACAUUACUCUGCACGAGUUAAUGGACCAAGAAGAAAUCGUCGCUGAGUGUAAAAGUCAGAACAAAAAAUUAGUGGAUUUUUUAACAAAACCUGAAGUUAUUGAAGAGUUGGUCACGUUGACUACCAAAGAGCCUUCUUGUGAUGUCGAGGAACGCUGGCGUUACAAGUAUCCGAAUGUCGCCUGUGAAUUACUCACUUGUAAUGUACCUACACUUAAUGAGAAAUUAGCGGGUUCUGAAACCUUAUUGAUCAAACUGUAUACGUUUAUUGAUACUGAUAAACCCCUGAACCCCCUACUUGCCUCGUUCUUCAGUAAGAUCAUUGGGGUACUCCUAAUACGGAAAAGUGAUCAGGUGUUAGAAUUCCUUAAGAGUCGCCAAAAAUGUGUCGAUCGACUUUUACAACAUUUGGAAACAUCAGCAAUUAUGGACUUAGUGCUAAAGCUCGUUACCAAAGUUGAAGGCGCUGAUAUGCGACAGAAUAUCUUAAAUGUGAGAUUCAUUUCUUAUUUUCGAAUCUACUUUUUUUGA